AAUCCGCAAACCAGCCCGCGUAAAACCUCUGUUCACAAUCGGCGGCCGAAAGUGUCACUUGCUUGUCAUCGUCGAUUUACCAAAGAAAAAAUGUCCUCAAUCCUGAAAUUGUCCCAGUCAGUGGGCAAAUUAUCAAAAACCCCCAGUCUAUCCAAGGCCCUGAGGAAAGCCUCCAGUGCUGCCGCAGAGCCCAAGCAGGUCUCCUUAAAUGUGCCGCCCACCAAGGUGACGACUCUAAGCAAUGGUAUCAGGGUUGCUACAGAGGACUGGGGCUCCCAGACGGCCACAGUGGGCAUCUGGAUCGACGCAGGCAGCCGCUACGAAAACGAGAAAAACAAUGGCGUAGCCCAUUUCAUGGAGCAUAUGGCUUUUAAGGGAACUGGUAAACGCACUCAAAGCCAGCUGGAGCUCGAAAUUGAGGACCUGGGGGCCCAACUGAACGCCUACACCAGCAGGGAGCAGACUGUCUACUACUCCAAGUGCUUGGCCAAGGAUGUGCCCAAGGCUGUGGAGAUUCUAUCGGACAUCGUGCAAAACGCCAAGCUCGGCGAGGCGGAGAUCGAGAGAGAACGAGGGGUGAUUCUGAGGGAAAUGCAAGAAGUCGAGUCCAAUUUGCAGGAAGUGGUCUUCGACCACUUGCACUCGGUCGCUUACCAGGGCACGCCACUGGCCAACACCAUCUUAGGGCCCACUGCGAACAUCCGUUCCAUCAACGCAACUGACCUGAGGUACUACUUGGACAACCACUACAAAGCGAGUCGCAUUGUGGUGUCGGGAGCAGGAGGCGUCUGCCAUGAGGAUUUGGUGAAACUGGCCGAGAGCAGCUUGGGGCAACUGAACAACACUUACACGGGCGAAAUUCCCAAAUUGACCUCAUGCCGAUUCACCGGAUCGGAGGUUCGAGUGCGAGAUGACACUCUUCCACUGGCGCAUAUCGCGAUGGCUGUGGAAGGAGCCGGCUGGUCUGACCCGGACACAUUGAGCUUGAUGGUGGGCUCCACCCUGUUGGGAGCUUGGGACCGAUCUCAAGCUUCAGCCAAACAGAACGCCACGAACUUGGCGCGCGCCAGCGGCGAAGAGGACUUGUGCCACUCGUUCCAGAGCUUCAACACUUGCUACAAGGACACCGGCUUGUGGGGCAUCUACUUCGUGUGCGACCCCCUGAAAAUCGAGGACAUGGUGUUCAACAUCCAAGAGGAGUUCAUGAGGCUGUGCACCAGCGUGACCGAGGGAGAAGUGGAGCGCGCCAAGGCUCUGCUGACCGCCAACACUUUGCUGCAGCUGGACACCUCCACUGCCGUUUGCGAAGACAUCGGGCGCCAGCUGCUAUGCUACGGAAGGCGGCUGCCGCCUCAUGAGCUGACCCAUCGCAUCAACAGCAUUACAGCCCGCAAUGUUCGCGAUGUCAUGUACAAGUACUUGUACGACAGGUGUCCGGCGAUCGCCGCCGUUGGCCCAGUCGAGAACCUGCCCGACUACAACAACAUCCGAUCAUCCAUGUACUGGAUCCGGGUGUAAUUUCGAUCACGAUCAAGAACUGAUGUAUUUCCUAAUUGUUCAUCCACCUUUAAGCAGGAUUAGACAGUGGUGACCCGUAAAUUUCCUGUAAAUAUCCCUCCCUUCUUAAGGUACUGUUGAUUUUUAUUAAUUAAAACUUAUUUCUACCAACUGGCGUCAACUGGAUGUUGCAACUGAAUUAAAUUGCUGAAUUUGA